GCUGCUCCGUUACAUUCGGUCCGCUCUCUGUAGUCUCAAGUUCAACUCUCUGCUCCCUCUUAAAACACACACUACUCAAGAUUCAUCACAAAAAAAAGAAAAAAAAAACUCCCGCUAAUUCGCUCACCCAGCAAAACCACUCUUUUGCACUGCAACCAGCGAAGAAAUCAACUGUUCUACUCUGUCAAACCCUAGCUUCUUCAUCCUUUUUGAAUCUUCCCUCCAAAACAUUUCGAACUCAAAACCCUAGCUCUCCAUCUCUCUCUCCAAAAUCAUGCCCUCAAUGAUCUCCUCCGGCAAGAUCCUCCAAUUAGAGAUGGAGAAUUUCAAGUCUUACAAGGGUCUCCAAACAAUUGGUCCUUUUAAGGACUUCACUGCCAUAAUUGGCCCCAAUGGCGCUGGCAAGUCUAACUUAAUGGAUGCUAUCAGCUUUGUCCUUGGUGUCCGUACGGGACAGCUCCGUGGGGCCCAGCUCAAGGACCUCAUCUAUGCUUAUGACGACCGCGAGAAGGAGCAGAAAGGUCGAAGGGCUUUUGUGCGUUUGGUUUACUUGUUGGCUAAUGGGUCGGAGCUUCACUUCACUCGCACCAUUACUAGCUCCGGUGGUAGUGAGUACCGGAUUGAUGGGAAGGUUGUUAAUUGGGAUGAGUAUAAUGCGAGGUUAAGGUCUCUGGGGAUUCUCGUUAAGGCCAGAAAUUUUUUGGUCUUCCAGGGCGAUGUGGAGUCCAUUGCAUCUAAAAACCCCAAAGAAUUAACUGCACUGCUUGAGCAGAUCUCUGGGUCGGAGGAGCUCAAGAGAGAAUAUGAGGAUCUGGAAGAGAAGAAAGCCAGUGCUGAGGAAAAAUCAGCACUGGUUUAUCAGAACAAGAGAACAGUAGUUAUGGAGAGGAAACAGAAGAAAGAGCAGAAGGAAGAAGCGGAAAAACAUCUUCGCUUGCAAGAUCAGCUGAAAGCUUUGAAGAAAGAACACUUCUUAUGGCAAUUAUUUAUUAUAGAUAAGGACAUUAAAAAGACAACUGAUGACCUUGAAGCUGAAAGGAGAAACAGAGAAGGUGUCAUGCAAGAACUAGAGAAGUUUGAACUUGAAGCAAGCAAGAAGAAGAAAGAACAAGUGAAAUACUUGAAAGAGAUAGCACAAUGUGAAAAGAAGAUUGCAGAGAAAAGUUCUAAACUUGACAAGAAUCAACCUGAACUUGUGAAACUAAAUGGGGAAACGUCUCGUAUAAAUUCAAAAAUUAAGAGCAGCCGUAAGGAGCUUGACAAGAAAAGAGAAGAAAGGAGGAAACAUUCUGAUGAGAUAGAUGAGCUGCAGAAGGGUAUACAGGAUCUGGCUGCAAAACUAGAAGAUUUGCAUGAAAAAAGCCGAGAUGGUGGUGAAAAACUCCCCCUAGCUGACAGUCAACUAACUGAAUAUUUUCGGAUUAAGGAGGAUGCUGGGAUGAAAACUAUCAAGCUAAGGGAUGAAAAGGAGGUGCUGGACAGGCAACAGCAUGCCGAUAUGGAAGCUCAAAAGAAUUUGGAAGAAAACCUCCAACAGUUGAUAAAUCGAGAACAUGAACUGGAUGCCCAGGAGGCACAAAUGCGAACAAGACAAAAAAAGAUUCAAGAUACUUCCACAAAGAACAAGAAGGAGCUGGCAGAUCUGAAAAAGGAAUUGCGAGAGAUGCAAGAUAAACAUCGAGAUUCUAGGAAUAAAUAUGAAAAUCUGAAGUCUAGAAUUGGUGAAGUUGAGAUCCAACUACGUGAAGUGAAAGCAGAUAGACAUGAGAAUGAGAGAGAUGCUAAGUUGUCUCAAGCAGUUGAGACUCUCAAGCGCUUAUUUCCAGGGGUUCAUGGUCGGAUGACUGGUCUUUGCAGACCUACCCAGAAGAAGUACAAUCUUGCUGUUACUGUAGCUAUGGGUAAAUUCAUGGAUGCCGUAGUGGUUGAAGAUGAAAAUACAGGAAAAGAGUGCAUUAAGUAUUUGAAAGAGCAAAGGCUUCCUCCUCAGACAUUUAUACCCCUUCAGUCAGUUCGUGUAAAGCCAAUUGUUGAACGUUUGCGUACAUUAGGUGGUACUGCAAAGUUGGUGUUUGAUGUGAUCCAAUUUGAUCCUGUCCUGGAGAAAGCAAUUCUCUUUGCCGUUGGAAAUACUCUAGUUUGCGACGACCUAGAUGAAGCGAAGGUUCUUAGCUGGAGUGGGGAAAGGUUCAAAGUUGUAACUGUUGAUGGGAUCCUACUCUCAAAGUCUGGCACUAUGACUGGUGGUACAAGUGGUGGAAUGGAAGCAAGGUCAAAACAAUGGGAUGAUAAAAAGAUUGAAGAAUCUAUUCUGAAGCUAAAGAAGAAGAAAGAACAGCUUGAAAAAGAAUUAGAAGAGCUUGGGUCAAUUAGAGAGAUGCAUCUGAAAGAGUCUGAAGCAUCAGGGAAAAUUAGUGGACUUGAAAAGAAGAUUCAGUAUGCUGAGAUUGAGAAGCGAAGCAUUGAGGACAAACUUGAAAACCUGAAAAGGGAAAAGCAUAUUAUUAAAGAGGAAAUUGAUCGAUUGAAACCUGAACUUCAGAAGGUAAAAGAUGCUGUUGAUAAGAGGGCCACUGUAAUUAGUAAGCUGGAGAAGAGAAUUAAUGAGAUUGUUGACCGAAUAUACAAAGAUUUUAGUAAGACUGUUGGGGUAGCUAAUAUCCGUGAGUAUGAAGAAAACCACGUCAAGGCUGCCCAACAUAUGGCUGAAGAAAGGCUUAGCUUGAGCAAUCAGUUGGCAAAGUUGAAGUACCAGUUGGAGUACGAGCAAAAGCGAGACAUGGACUCACGAAUUAAGAAAUUGGAAAGCUCUAUCGGUGCUUUAGAAAAUGAACUAAAACAAAUUCAAAAUAAAGACGCUGAAGUCAAGUUAGCAACAGAGAAAGCUGCCGGUGACAUAAAUAAAUGGAAGGAAGAAGUGCGAGAGUGGAAAUCCAAGUCAGAGGAGUGCGAGAAGGAGAUGCUUGAAUGGAAGAAGCAAGCUUCUGCAGCUGCAACAAGCAUAUCAAAACUUAACCGUCAAAUAAACUCUAAGGAGGGACAGAUUGAGCAACUAUUGUCUCGGAAGCAGGAUAUUGUGGAGAAGUGUGAAUUAGAACACAUAAGCCUUCCUACUAUUUCAGACCCAAUGGAAAUUGACUCUGAGAUCCCUGGCCCAUAUUUUGAUUUUAGUGAGCUGAAUAGAUCUCUUAUUCAGGACAGGAGACCUUCUGACCGAGAAAAAAUCGAGGCAGAUUUUAAGCAAAAAAUGGAUGCUAUAAUGUCAGAAAUUGAAAAAACAGCGCCAAAUUUGAAGGCUCUGGAUCAGUAUGAGGCUUUGCUAGAGAAGGAAAGAGCAGUGACCGAAGAAUUUGAAGCAGCCAGAAAGGAGGAGAAGCAAGUAGCUGAUGCUUACAAUUCAGUUAAGCAGAGAAGAUACGAGUUGUUUAUGGAAGCUUUUAACCACAUAUCAAAUAACAUUGACAAGAUAUAUAAACAACUGACAAAGAGUAACACACAUCCACUUGGUGGUACGGCAUAUCUGAACUUAGAAAAUGAGGAUGACCCCUUCUUACAUGGCAUCAAAUACACUGCUAUGCCCCCAACAAAGCGUUUCCGUGAUAUGGAACAGCUGUCUGGUGGGGAGAAGACUGUUGCAGCACUGGCAUUGCUCUUUUCUAUCCACAGUUAUAGACCGUCGCCGUUUUUCAUCCUGGAUGAAGUUGAUGCUGCAUUGGAUAAUUUAAAUGUUGCAAAGGUUGCUGGAUUUAUUCGCUCAAAAUCUUGUGAUGGAGGCCGAAGUAUUCAGGAUGCUGAAGGUGGCAGCGGUUUUCAGAGCAUUGUGAUCUCUCUGAAGGACAGCUUCUACGACAAGGCUGAAGCUCUGGUUGGGGUUUACAGGGACUCCGAGCGGAGCUGCUCAAGAACUCUGACAUUUGAUUUGACUGGAUACCGAGCAUCUUGAGACUCUAAUUGCAGAUGACAGCUAGUUAAUUUCUUUGUUCUGUGAAUAUCUUAGUGGCUAACAUCCCUGCAAUUAGAGCAUGUAAAUACGAAACGAUUGUUGUAUAAAGCAUGUUACAUGACUUUCUAGGCAGUCUGAUAAUUGUAUUAGAUAAACAUAUUCUCUCUC